AUGUAUCUAUCCAGAAAAGUAAUGCACUCUUGUAAUUUUAUUAGACAGGAAACCAAACAAAUAAAAUUUUUCCAGUGUAAAAAUCAAAUACAAAAUGGGAACGAUCAAGAUUUACAGAGGUAUAAAGACUGCAUUGAUGGUAUAAAAAUAAGACAGCAACCUGAUAAAAGUACAAAAAAAUGUGGUGUAGAAAAAAAAAACCAUAAUUUAAUAAACGAUGAACAGAUGUUAAUACUAGAGGACAAAAUUAUGAAAGAAGUACUAAAAGAUUUAGAAGAUUACAAAUGA